GAUACUACAUCGUACAAUACUCAGAAAGGCCACUGCGGAACUCGUCCUCUCGCAUCAAUAAAGAAGCCACAACAUCACAACAAGAGCAAUCUGAUGCCAUGACACUGAACAAGAGCCCCUUUGUAGAACCCGACCGACGAGAGGAAGAAGUCUACAGCUAUGUGGCUGCACCUGACGGAGAACCAGUGGAAUUGGUGACUCCUUCCGCUCCUUACCAAGAUGAAAUGGGUGCCGCAAUUGCUGCCUCUCUCGCGACUGGCCAAAAUCAGAAUGGGCUUACCAGCGAUGACGCUCUUGCUGAAGCUGCCGCUGCCGAAGCUCGUGAACAAGGAGUGACAUUGAUUCGAGACCAUCUAGACUCGUAUCUUGAUCAAAAUCCCGAUGCUUCAUACAUCACCUGGAUUGCUACUUUGCAUCCCGAGAAUGCGGAAGUGACAAUCGAUCCUCGUUUUAUGAUCCCAGGGAAUCCAUGGGCCACUGUCUUUGCCGAAGCGCAGGCUGCCGCGUGGUAUGGUUCAUCAUCCACAACUGGUGGAACCACUGUGGCAUCCGUUAUUGAAGAGCACACAGUUGCCACAAAUGAGACCCAGACUCCCGAGCAGCUUCGGGAACAACGACCCUCCAAGAAGCAACCGACUCCUGCUACACCCACACACUACCCCGCGCAUGGAGGUCUCAUUCCCAUCAUCCUAGGCUUUUCCCUCCUCCUCAGUGCCACUGCAGUGGCUAUGUCCCUUCAGCUGGUAUCUACCGUUCUCUAUUUGUUUGCAGCGAUCUGUGCCAACAUCUGUUAUGUGCUGCCAAGGUUCCGUCUCUGCACUGCCCCACUCUAUAUACUACCAGGAUCAUUGAUGAUUCUCUUUCGAGGAUUGGACUUGCUGUUAUUGGUGUUGGAUAGCAUCCUUGUGGAGUUUCUGGCAUUGCUCAGCUAUGUCCUGACGACUCUUUUCGCCUUGAGUCAUUCCGUGGGAGUCUUCUACCAUCAAAUGACUAGGAGGUUGCCACACUAUGUUCGGUGGGCUUGUCGCAAGCCUUUUGACGGGUGCACUACUCCGCCCCGAGCAUCCUGUAAGAGUUGGAACGGUCAUGUUGCUGCUCACAGUGAUGGGGGUGAAUUUCGUCGUGUCGCCCAAUACGAAGCCGAAUGGUAAAUACUGUUGGCAAGGAGAACAUUUAUACAUUCAAUCCCUCCCACUUUGCAUGGUCUAAGAUUAAGAUACGCUGCUAAUAAUACUGCAAAUCGUAAUCC